UUGUAGGGCUGGCUGUGGUGAUGGGGCCCACUAUACUUUCAGGGGGGCCAGAAUUCCUGGCGACGCCUCUGGUUAUAGUUACCUAGGUGACCACAUCUAACAAUGCCGAAACUAGCGCGUGUGACAAUUUGUUACGGACCUUAUGAAUCUUGUGGGAUCGUCAAACCCCGGACUCUCCGUCUGCAGGGUCUCCAGGCCGCUCUGAGAGCACGCGGGCACCAGUGCGUCCUGGAAGAAACGCGCGAGUGGAACAUGGUGGAGCUCGUGGUCCACGGGGAGGUCGCUUUCAGAUGUGAUAUUAAGCAGCUGGAGUUUGGUGGAGAUGGAAUACUGGACCCUGUUUGUACGGAAGCGGUGAAUGCUGUGGAGAAUGCUUAUUGAAGAUAAUAGUCCACUAUUUGAGCGUUUUAAUAAAAAUGUAUCUAUGUA